AUGGCAUCAACUAACCGAUAUUUUCUGAUAACAAACAUAGAAAGUCUCUUCUUGAGCCCACUUUUCGGAUUAUCUCCCAAAGCGCAACCUUAUACACUGACCUGGAUACCUGAAAACCGUGCACUCGUUGUCAAGGCUAAACACACCGAUCAUCACCUUGAUCCUUUUGUAAUUGUGGUCAUUUAUAGACCGAACAUUUCUUCCCACCGGCGUACAUUCUUCUCUUCCUUAGUACGCACUCUUUCUACUGUUAUUCUUUCUUUUCCCGUCUCUCGACUUGGAGACUUUAACUGUGAUCUCAGUCAUUAUUGCAGCCAUACACCUGACUGGAAAGGAUACAUACAGGUUAUUAAUCCUUCAUCAACUGAUCCCGGCCUCCCUGCAGUAUCCAUUCCUUUCUCUCGCCCAUCGGGUCCUGGACGUCGACUCAAGAAUCAGGAACGCCAUCUUCGUCGUGCUAGGAAUGGAUUUGAGAUUUACACCUGUUCUUCUCAACUUAACAUUGAAAAUCUGCUCGCUAACAUACAAUUGUCUCGGGCAUCCACCCUAGCUACCACAUCUGGUGCUAAGUGGUGUGAAGCUGACGCCGCCAAAAGUAUUUCUUCACUUGUCGAUCCUGUUACUGGAGUGACUUACACUCCCUCUGCUGAUUUAUUUGGCCAUACUCGUUCUUUCUACCAAUCUCUUUACUCAUCGGAACCCAUCGAUUAUUCCGCUACACACACACUCAUCGACAACUUCCCAUACUCUACUCGUUUCCCUGCAGAUUAA